AUGGAAGAAUACUCAGCGUCUGCGACCACCGUUGUGUUCGACCGCCCGAUACCGUUGCUCCGGGGGCCAAUCCCCGCCGUUGGAUCGGGAUACGUUCUAGCCUUCCGGUCCCUGGACUCAUGGUCCGCCGCUUUCAAGCGUUGCGAAUCCACAAUCAAGGAGCAGUGCGAGGAAGGUGCCAGAAUUGGGUGCGCCGUCUCCGCCUCCAGAAACUGUAAGCCGCCUUGGUGGCGGAGCUUGGCCGAUCGGGGCUCCGGUGACAUGAGGGAACGAGAGAAGUGCGAAGAGAGGGAAUUCGAGGGAUGUUUGGCUGCAGCCAAGGACAAGUGCGCCGGAUUCGCCAAAGAAAAGUGCUCUGUGGCGUUUCUAGACGCGCGAAUCGCGGUGGCGAGGGAGGCUGAGGGAUUGAUCUGGCUGGCGUCAAUGCCGGAGGAGAGCAGGUGGUGGCUACACCAACUGGGUCAGCCAAUACGGAAGACCAACUGCAGAGCCAGGGAUCUUGUUCCACACCAAAAACCAUGUCUUCCUUGA